AGAGCUUUAACCACUGUGGUACCAGGGCUCCUUAGUGAAAAGUAGUUAGGCGUCAAAACAGCCAGUUUGACGUCUUUGAAACAGAAAAAUGAUAUCUGAUCUUUCUAGUUUUUAAUAAAGUUUACUCUUCUAGUUUUUUUUUUUUUUUAAGGAUGAUUUAAUUAAAAUAGAACUUAUGUAACAAUUUUCAGGUCUGAUUUUAAAAAAGGCUUGAAAUAAAAUUCUAACGUGAUCAGGUUUCUGCACAUUUCGUGAGGCUCAGAGGCCUUGGGGCCAUUCAUUUCGUCCUGCCUCCCCGCCGCUGCAGUGCCUCCUGCCUCUCUGAGCACGUCUCUUCCUCAGAACCACCAGCAGAGAGUCCGGCUGCCUUGUGACCUUCUUUUGUAAGCUGCUAAUAUUUCACCAUAUUUUUGUAGUCUUUCACAGAUGACUAUCAUUUUACAAAACAGCCUUUUAAAAGUGGCUGUUGUAUUCAGGAAGCGUGCCAGAUCAAGUACUUUCAUUUGUGCUCCACCUCGCCUUGUCUCCCACAUCCGCUGGUUGUGUAACUUUGGGCACAUUACCUCCCUUCUUUAGGCCUCAUUUUUUUCAUUUGUUAAUGAGUAAGUCAAACUAGACAAUCUCUGAAAAGGCCCUGGAACCCAGACACUGAUGACUUUCCUUACACCCUUCUCCAGCUUCCUGCCUGAUGGCUCUUCCUGACCCCCGUCCUCAGCACCAAGAGAAAGGAACACAGAUGGAAGACGUUUGGGGCUUCGGGUAUUUUCCGACUCAAAUUGGAGCUAAGCGGUCUGAAGAUAAGGAGACUUAUGUUCAUUACGAGUAUAGAGAAGGCUGAGCCAAGCAGGCAACUGUCCUGUGCCCUCCUGGCAUGAGCAGGGAAGAGCCACUCUGAACGGUGAGAGAGGAGCCCUGGAGCUGACCAACAGUGAGAUGCCUUCAACUCCAGAGCAGCCCUCUGGGCACAUGGAGGAGACCUCUGCGUCAGAGUCGGCCUCAUGGGCCCCACUCCCCUGCGGGCCCUGUGUUCCCAUCAUGCUGACCCUGGCCUCCCUAGCUGCCCUCUUCCUGCUGACCACAGCUGUGUUGGCCGAACGCCUGUUCCGCCGCUCUCUCCGCCAAGACCCCAGCAACCACACCCCUACACUGGUCUGGCGCCCUGGAGGAGAGCUGUGGAUUGAGCCUACGGGCACCCCCCGAGAGCGCUCCGAGGACUGGUACGGCUCUGCAGUCCCCUUGCUGACGGACCCGGCCCCAGAAACCCCCAACCCUGGGGGCACCUUGGAGGCCCGAGCUACAGCCCCAUCUGCCCCUUCAGCCCCUUACGCCCCUCCCAGCGCCUUGGUCUCCCAGGCAGCACCCCAGGCCCCAGUCCGCAGCACCUUCUGGGUGCCCCAGCCCUGGGAGGAAAGGCCCCACAACCCAGGCAUGGUGAGCUGGGCUGAGCCUGAGCUGAGGCCAGGGGCCAGUGUAUUUUUGGGGAACCCUCAGAGCCGGAGGCAGCGGCCGGGCAGCCCUGAGCCCGACUGGGGCCUUCAGCCUCGGGUCACCCUGGAGCAGAUCUCAGCUUUCUGGAGGCGUGAAGGCCGGACCAGCGUUGGGUUCUGAAUGCCCAGGGCCUGGAGGACUGGCUACUGCUUUCUAGAGACCCAUGAGGAAGGCCCUACAGCAAGGCUGAUGCCUGAGGCCACCCAGGGAAGACUGCUUCUCCCAGGUCUUUUACUUCUGGAUCUCAAUUCCCUUGGACCUGGAGGGUGGGCAGGUGGGGUGUGGACAGGGCCUGGGAGGCAGGGGAAGCAUCAAAGUGCCUCUGCUUAGCUGCUCGGGGCUGUGGCUCAGGGAAUUGGGUGUGGGGGUGUACGAUUCUGGGCCAGAGCCUGCAAGCCUACCUUCUAAAUUAAGAACUCAAGAUACCAGAUAGGCAGGAAAUUACAUCAAUCCCAGCCACUUUAGCCUUCCUGCAGUGUGCACCUCAGGUCUCGUCUGUCAGAGUAAAGGAGUCUCACAGAUGCUAAAGAACAGACUACGUGUGAUGAUGACAAGUGUCAGCAUGUUAGAGGGAGAUGACAGGAGUCCAGCUCCCAAAAUCCGUAAAUCUUAUCCCUCCUCAACGCUCAUCCCCAUGAAGUCCUCCAGAAAAAUAUAUAAAGAGAGGACAUGACCAGGCAAGGGAGCGUUUUAUUACAUAUGAACUGUGGUUUUGACUCCUGAAUUGCAAUGAGGAACUUGGUGAGCCAAGCUGGAGGGGCUCCUCUUACCUGGAGUUGGAACCUAGAGUCAAAGAAGACCAACAGGCCGCCUCCGCCCAGCCUCAUAAGGCCCCUGCACACAUCUCGGCCUUCAUGGUGAGGAAAGCCGAGCCAAGGAGAACUGAGUUUGAGUCAAUGCAGAGACGUGAACUGUCCCAGGACAGGACAGUUCCCCAGAUGUGGUCUUCAGGCCAUCCUCCUACCAAGCCUGCUGGAGUGGGCCAGAGAAACAGCUUUGCCCAAGGACGGACCUACUUACAAUGUUCCACUGCAUAGAAACAGAGCCCCAAAAUGCCGUUGGCCCUACUAGCCAUCAGUAUCAGCUGAUCUCCCCUUUGGGGGAGGAGCCAGAGGAUGGGGAGAGUGGAGAAAGUUUCCAUUCCCCGGGGUCUGAUUUUCCAAACUUCAGUCAUGAACGUCAGGUGCUUUGCAAUAUCAGUUUGCCACCCGUACUAUUAUUUACCAUGUUUUUCGUUAAAUUGGCUUGCUGUUUGCUUAAUAAAUUUAUUUUAAAAGGAAUCUUUAUUGUAUCACUUCUGUAAAUGGAAAACCAGUAUCACUUGCCAUAAACAGAAGGUAAAACAUGAAAAAAAAAUACAAUGUACACAAAGUUCUUAAAUUCUAGGUAGACAAUGUUCCCUGCUGGAGACACUGAACUAGAUACCUGUUCUUUCUUUGUUUAAAAAAACAGAGUGGGGUGGUGGAGAUUAGCAAGUGUUAGAUAUUCUAGCACCAAACCAAAACCGUUCCCUGAAACUACUGAGAAGACUGAAAGCUCCUGUAAAAGGAACAGUGAUUCUAUGUUAUUUAACGUUGGCUGGGAACACCCAACUUCACCAACACCUGGGGAAACACUCUCCUAGGCUGUGGCCAACACUCAGCUCUCUCUGCUCAGGAGGGCUGGGGAGCACUUGGAGCCUCAGGCUCCUCUCUAAUUUCUUGGAUACUGGAAGUUGAAGAAGCAGCCGAGGGAAUGAGCAGCCUCCAGGCUGAGGGACGCCAGUGUCUGCAGACCAAGAGCCCUGUCCAACCCCUUCCGCCAGGUGCACUCAUCCAGCAUGGUUCUCAGAACCUGCUCAGGGCUAGGCCCUGGGAGAGGGAGGAGUCAGACCUGACCCCUGCCCUCAAGGAGCUCACAGACUCUCUAGAGUUUGGGAGAUGGAGGUAGGUGGUAGGGGUGAGAUAAGACACGGACACAGAACUGAUACAAGACAGAGAUCAGGGCUCCUGUCACUCAUGAACUUGGUAACUAUUUCAUUUUUCAUUAUCAUCAUCAGCUGACAGGACUUGGUUGUGGGACUCCUUCCACCGGGAGUUAACAGUCUACCAGGUGUUCAGAACUUAGAUGCCUAUAUGCUAAGUGUUCAGGAGAGGCAGUACAUGGUGAAAGGGAUUCCAGGGUACAAGGUCUCAGGCUCUUAGUCUGUCUUUAUCAUCCAUUCACUUGGAAACUUCAGAAAAAUAAUUUUAAAUUUGUUGGGCCUCAUGUUCUUUAUCUGAAAAACAAACAAGAAAAUUGAAAUUUGAACAAGAUUCUCCACUAAGACUCUCCCAGCUGUGACAUUUGAGGAUGCUAUAAAAUAAAAGGUGAAUGGAUGGGUAGAUAGAUGGAUGGAUGAAUCGGUGGAUGAUGAAUGGGAGAAUGGAUGGGAGGAUAGAUAGAUAUUUGGAUGGGAGAAUGGAUUGGUGGAUGAAUGAAUGCAUGGAUGAGUGGAUGGAUAGAUAGAUAAAAGAAUGGAUGAAUGAAUGGAUGCAUGGAUGGAUAUAAUCUUCUUGAGACGGAGUCCGAUUUGCUAUUCCUAGUAUCAUCUUUAUAUUCCCAAACACAGAAUGGUCUAAAACAUCAUAGGAGCCUGAUGAAAGGGAAUGAUGAGUAAGUGGAUGGAUAAACAGAUGUACAGUAUUCAUUUUACACCUUCUCCUUUAUUUUCAGUCUCUCCCUCUAAUUUUUAACACCAUCUUAUUACUUUCUCAUGUGGAUUCCUUCGUUUAUGUUUUUAGGUAUUUAAAACAUAUUUACUAUAUUAUUUACUGAAUUAUUAUCCAAUAAUUCUAUUAUCUGGAGUUCUAGGGUGGGAGCUAAUGCUGCUGUUUGUUGUGUCUGUUUACUUUCAUUGAUGAAAGAUUGUCUCCCCUUAUGUUUUGGAAUUUGGGGUUAUGAACUUGACUUUAGCAGGACCUUAUCAGUGGGAAUCCAUUUGGCCAGGUUUGAGGGUAUGUCUCUCCAGAGAGGUUUUGUGUUUGCUUCUGCCAAGGGUGCUUUAGGGAUAUUACCAACCCUGGACAACUUUAUUUGUUAAUUUUAUUUGGGCUUUCCAGGCCAUGUAGGUAGUGUAAACUUGAACCCCAAGCCCAAGUGAGGGCAAGCCCUUGGUUAUGAAUUAUCACGGCAGAACUUUUAUUGCCACCAGUUCUCAGGGUGAGACAGAUAAGGUUCUUUUGUGCUCCCCAGGCUGUUGAGUAGAUUUUUCUAGUCCAUUCUUUCACCAAGGGUGUUGCCUUUUAAGGGUCCCUGUAGUUUUCAAAUCUCCAGGCAAGGCCUCAUCUCCAAUCCCUAAACCGCAAACCAAACCCAUUGCCAUUGAGUUGAUUCCAACUCAUAGCAACAC